AUUCUUUGUGUGUACUGUAGAGCAAAAAAAGGAAAAACAAACAGGUUUAAAAGAAAGCCUCGCAAUACGGACCAGGUGAUGAUGGUGAUGAUAGCGAGCAGUAGAGAGAAUCAUCAUGAAGAAGACCAUCUCUUUCGACGAUGGUAGACGUAGGAAGAAGGGUUACCAAAAAGUGGCACAACAACAAAAAAAAAAAAGAUCAGCUGCUACAGUCAUAGCAUCGUGUCGUGCUCGGACAAUCGUGUGUCUGCUUUUCCUACGCAACGCCUUUGGAACGAAAAAGGAAGCAAAAGAAAUUCUGGCGAGCGACAACAAACAUCGAAUACGUGGCUCUCUCCAUGCGCUAGAUGGCUUUUCUUCCACCAUCUCAAGGAAGAAUCUAGAGUCUUGCUCCCGCACUGAGCUGCUUGAACUCAAGGAAAGGAAUGAGCGUAUGCUCCGUCAUAGGUCAGUGGUGCACACUUUGCCAGACAAAGGAGCCAAGCUCAAGCAGAGUAUCCGACAAAUCGAUGUGCUCCUUUUGAGUACGAUCGACGAUGAAAUCACCGUGGAUAACACGUUCCCUGACCGUGAGAGUGCUUUGACGGCAAAACUGGCCAGUCUGACGUUCAUGACGCCAAGGCAAGAAGCGAGGAGACGAGGCAUUGCACUUGCCAAUGCUCGUGCUACCUCUUUAUCAUCCUGGUCUUCUUCUUCUUCUUCCUCGUCUUUCUCUUUGGGUGUUCCUACCCAUACUACUACUACCACUACUACUACUACGCCUGUCACUACCACUCCUGCUACAUGUCACCCGCAUCAUCAUCAUCAUCAUCAUCAACCGUACGUCAAGCAACGACGUAAUAGUAGCAUCGUCAUGCGACGACACAACAGCUCGUAUCCGUCUACUACCGUGGAUGGUAUGAAUGAAGCGGAACUGCAGGCCAAAGUGUGUAUGAUGAGCCUGGAUGAAUCCGUCAGAUUGCAAGAGAACCGGUCUCGUUUAAUUGAAGUAGGUAGUGCUACAUUAUAUCGAUAGAUAUACAAAAGACACUAAUCGAAUGGUUUUCUGUAUGAAA